AUUCGAUACUCGAGCUUGGGUUCCCUGUGGGGGUUCUAAUAUCUUCCCAAGAUGGCGGCUGCCUCCCAGGAAUUUCAAGUCCAGUCUAAAUGGGACGUCAAUUUGUACGAGAAAGGCCGACCAAGAUACACCCGUGAGAGUGUGGAGUACUUACUAAAGCAGCUAGGUGUUUUCGACAGGGAUCAUGCCAAACCGAUGACAAUUUUGGAGUUAGGGGCGGGGACAGGCCUUUUUACACGUGGGAUUUUGAAGACUUUGGACGACCAUUAUAUCACCAAUACUCGUGUCAUAGCGAGCGAUCCUCUCGAAUCUAUGUGCGAUCUAUUCAAGCAGUUAUUACCUGAAGUCAAAAUGCUACAUUGCGUUGCUGAAAAGAUUGAUCUAGCAGACGAAAGUGUUGAUGUGGUUAUUUCAGCCCAGGCAUUUCACUAUUUCGCAAACAAUCAAGCAUUGGCCGAAAUCCACCGUGUACUGGUCCCUAGGGGAAGAUUUGGCGUGAUAUGGAAUUCACGUGAUUUUUCUGUCCCAUGGGUUUGUGAAAUACAAGCUGUAAUUGAUCCAUACUUCAAGAGUGCCAACACCCCUAAUAACCUGGACAAUAAAUGGAAAAGACUUCUUGAGUCCAGUUCUUUGUUUGGUACUUUACAUGGUAGUGAUGACCAUCUACAUAAUUCCCAGGAAGGAACAGAGGACGACAUUGUUUGUGCCAUAAUGUGCAUGAGUGCUAUAUCACAAUGCAGUGAGAGAGAGAGAAAGAAUAUAGAAGCAAGGAUUCGUCGUAUUUUGAAUGAUAACCCUGAGCUAAAAGGGUUAACACACUACAAGCUUCCCUAUAUCACUCCUCUCUAUUGGUGUGAGAAACAGUAACCUUUGAAGGCCUAGGCGGGAUAGGGAAAUUGCACAGGUAGAUAGAUAAAACAAUUUUGGAGUUCAAAUUAUAGUUGACUAUUUGAAACACUGUGUAAUGUGAAAAGCUUGAACUGGUGGGUAUUUGAGAAUUGUUUAUCAUAGAAAUAAAUGAUGAUGCUAAAAUA